ACAGUCCCUUAGGUUAUUUUUUAACCCAGUAACAUGUGAUCCAAACCAACGAGCAUUUUUCACUUUCUAAACUCUGGUUUUCUUUCAACUUUCCAAUUCAGUAGAUGAUUAUUUUCAUAUUAUAGUGUUUCUUUCCUCAUGUCAAAACUUAAAAUGUGAAAUAAAUUGAUUGAGAUGAAUCAGUGGACAAAUGGGUUACUACGCGUCUUUACAUAACUCAAAUUUUCCUCUAAUUUUCAGCUGUUUGUUGUUCACUAAUAUUAAGUUAUCGCUGGUGAAUUGAUCAUCUGAUAUUACAGAGAUCACUCUGUAUCAAUCUGGUUGACAACUAGAUCUAUUAAGUUCAAUUGUUAUCUUGGAGCUGAACAGCAACAGGAAUGGAAAACAACACUUUAGCUUGAAACUGCUUUCUCUACUUUCUUCAUUAUCUGCUUGCUCUUCAAUAUUUUUAUCAGCUUUCUGUCUCCUCCAGUUAUGCUCAACUUGUGAACCAUUUGGAUUGUAACGUCAUUAUAAACAACAUAGGUUACUUUGUGCUGUUUUUUAUCAACCGAAAUGGCUAAAAAUAUUUGUGUUAUUGGAAGUGGUGCAUCUGGUUUAACUGCAAUUAAGACUUGCUUGGAAGAAGGUUUCGAUGUAACUUGUUAUGAGCAAUCAAAUUUUAUUGGCGGCCUGUGGAAAUAUCGGGACCAGGAUGAAGAUGGAUUGGCCUCAGUGGCUCGAACUACAAUCAUUAAUUCAUCUAAAGAAAUGUCUGCCUACUCUGAUUUUCCCCCUCCACCUGAAUUUGCCAAUUACAUGCACAACACAGCUAUGCACGCAUACUUUGAAUUAUAUGCUGAUCAUUUCAAACUCAAACCACACGUGCAAUUCAGACACAAAGUGAUUCAAGUGACCAAAGCAGAUGACUUUGAAAAAACUGGCCGUUGGAAAGUUACUGCUCUUGAUUUAGAUACAAACAACGAAGUGAUAUCAACAUUUGAUGGUGUAAUGGUCUGUACUGGUCACCAUGUUAAACCAUUGAUUCCAAAAUUCAAAGGACAAGAAAAAUUUAAAGGUAAAAUUGUACAUACUCACUCGUAUAAAAAGCCACAGCCUUUCGAAAAUGAACGGGUUGUAGUUGUUGGUAUUGGUAACUCAGGAGGUGAUGCCGCUGUUGAAUUGUCCAUGUUUGCCAAAAAGGUUUAUUUGGCCAUACGAAGAGGAUCAUGGAUUUUAUGGAGAGUCGGGACGCAAGGACAACCAAUGGACUCUGAACUAAUCCGUCGUUUUUACGCUCAAGUAGUCAAUAUCGUUGGAUUCAGAGUAGCAUCUAAAAUUCUUCAGUUUUUUGCUAAUCUUCGAUUUGAUCACAAAGCUUAUCGUAUUCAACCAAGUCAUGAUGCUUUUUGUCAACAUCCCACUGUCAAUGAUACUUUGGCUAAUCGUGUAAUAUCUGGUACUGUUGUGCUUAAAAAUAAUAUAAAAGAGUUUACAGAAACUGGAGUUAUAUUCGAAGAGACUGAAGACGAAAUUGAAAUUGAUUCUGUCAUUUUGGCCACUGGUUAUGAGAUAUCUUUCCCAUUCCUGGAUAAAUCAUUGCUUUGGUCAUCUAAUGAAAAGAUUGAACUUUACAAAACAGUUUUCCCACCUAAAACCUCUCAUCCACACACAUUGGCCAUCAUUGGUUUAAUACAACCAUUUGGACCUUUGGUACCAAUCAGUGAAAUGCAAUGUCGCUGGUUUACACAGUUGAUGUCAGGAAAGCGUAAGUUACCUUCAUUGAAAGUGAUGAUGGAAGAUGUUAUGAAGAAACGAGCUGAACACGAUUCCCGUUUUUAUUCAAGUCCACGUCACCAAAUUCAAGUGGACUUUGAUAGAAUUAUGGAUGAAUUAGGUGAACAAUUCGGAGCAAAGCCCAAUUUAACAAAAUUGUUCUUCUCUGACCCAGUUCUUUGGUAUCAUGUCUACUUCGGACCUUUACUACCUUAUCAUUACCGUAUUAAUGGACCUCAUGCAUGGUCAGGAGCAAGGAAAGCAAUUAUGACAGUGGAUGAACGUAUUCAAGCUCCUUUACAGACACGAAAAUUGAUUAAUGUAUCAACUAAAUCAAAUGACAAUUUGGGAAUGGCUAGCUUUAUUAUACCUAUUUUUGCUAUAUUAAUCUGUCUAAUCAAGUUCUGGUUUCCAUAAUUCACAAUCAAAAUAUAGCAUUUGAUUUUAUGUUAAUUGUUGUUCUUUGUUAUUAUUUGGAGAGAUUCUUUUAUUGAAAAUGUUUAUACCAUUCUUUCAA